CUGAAAAUAAGCGAGUUACUGACUGAAAUAAGACUUGAGGUAGCUUUUAAAGGCUACUCUGUGUUUUUCAGUAUCUCGGUUAUUCUCGGUUGUUACUUGCUUAUUUUAGUUUUUCGUAUACUCAAAUCUGACAUUCUAUUUCUAAUUAGGAAAGAUCUAACUCGUCUCUCACUUUCUACUACAAGUGACUAAACACGUCGUGCAAACAAGAUAUGCAAUUUGCGUUUUUCUACCACAAGAACUUGCUAAACACCUAUACAAACAAUACGAUUUAAGUAGUUGGAUGAAUUCUAAUAGCAAUAAGAAUACUCGGACUUGCAAUAGAAAUUAGUUAUAGUGUCUAGUAAUUUAGAUAUAGACCACACAAGAAAAUGAUGUCGAGAGGAAAAGCACGCCGUUCUUUUUAUAGAGCAUCUUUGCUGCUCGCAACCGCCAGCCAGCAGGUUCUUGGAGUCAAACUUCUGAGUGCAGCUCCUGCUCUUCCAGAACCAGAUGGACCGCCUCCACUUCCACCCCCUCUGCAUGAUCCACCUGCACCUGCCGCGGGGUCUGCAGCACCCCCUCUGCAUGGUGCGCCACCUGCUGCCGCGGCUCCAAUAUCUGCAAUGUCUGGCGGCCUGUCUACCGCGGAUGUUGUUACCUAUGAGACCCGAGCUAAGAUGUCGAUGUCCGGUGGCAAAGAGAAGCCGAUGCAUUUCUUGAGUGAUGUCCUGCUUGGUGGUGUUUUCGUGGACACAGAAACAUUGUUCGCACGUGGUGGACCUCGUGGUGACACUCCCGUUAUCCAGAUUGGUGCUCUUGUGGCCGACAAAAAUACGCCAGGUCUGCGACUGGUGGAGAAGGAAGAACGCAUUGAUGGGCUCACGCAAAAAGCUACUGCCGCAGAAGGACUUUUCAAGCCUAUGGACGUACUAGCUGAGGGCGGAUCAGCUCACGUCGAUGUUACUGAAGAAGUUGCAUCAUCCUGCCAAGACGUAGGGGAAACCGCUGGGAAAACUGCUAGGGAUGUAGAUUCUGCAUCUCCAGCGGCGGCUGCGGCAUCUGGUGCUGUCGAUAUGAUGAAGGACGUGGAUGCUGUACCAGGUGUAGGUGCUGCAGCACCCCCAUCUACCUCAUCAAGGAGGAGAACCUAUCUGCCUUGGGAGAGAGAGUUCGACCUUCUAGUGGUGCCCACACCUAGAGGGACAGAAUACCAGGUGGAUAUACGAUUGUCGAUAGCAGGACAUCAAUGCGUCAAAGAAAGGGAUGCUAUUAUCCUAGGAGGUGCAACACUCGGAGUCGGAGGAGGUGCUUCAAAAAUCACAAAGAAUUUAUUCGGAGAUGCGCAUGCUGGGGGAGAGGGAAGCCCUCCAGCAGCUGCAAACCCGUUUACUGCACCAUCUGGAACCGAUCCCAGUGAAGCCAAAAGUCCACUGGAGUUGGUGCUAGAGAGAAGCAAGAGGGAGGAAGAAGAAAGAGAAAAACAAAGACGCGAGGAACUGGCAAAAGAAAAGGAGAAAGCGAGACUUGAAGGCAUCAUAAAGAGUAAAGCUUCAAGUGGAGACGCGAAGGCGACGGCAAAAAAUGAGCUAAAGGACCUGAACAAAGCAGCAACAAGAGGUUACGAGCUGAAGGCGAAGCAGAUGAAGGCGUCGAUGAAGGCAAAGAAGGAGGCGGAAAAGGCAGCAAAAAAGAAGGAAGCGGAGAUCGCUGCGAAGUCGAAAGCUCUG